AUGGAGCACGAACUGGUGAAGUCGGCGUUUGAGGAAUUGAUGGGCAUAAAAAUGGUGCAAGUCACUGCGAAAGUCACUGCGAGACACAACUUCAAUACAAGUGACCAUAGAUCAAUGGAAGAAAAAGUGUUAAUAGCAGUGAGAGGGCCCCUAGAUCGCAAAAAGGAGAAGAUAAGAGGUCUUGCCGCCGGUACACUCUUUGGAUGCAACGGUAUUGUCAUAAAGAACUACAAGAAAACAAUUAACAGGAUCGAAAUUGCAUGUUUAUAUAUGACAGUUAGAGAAGACAGGAGAGAGGACACGAGUGAAAAUUUAAUAAAUAUAUGGACGAAUAGAUCCAAUGAUUAA